UUUAAACAUUUCAGUUUUCUGUCAACUAAGAGUCAGACACAUAUUUAAAUACACACACAUACAGAGAGAAAGAUAGAGUGAACGUGCAAGAGACGAUGAGUCCUUUAAAUGCUCUUGGAUUGGCCAUUGGCUGGUUUGAUAUAUUCGGUGCAUUACUUUUCGAAUUGAUGAUCCUCUAUAUGAUGAAACGUUGUUUUAAUAGCAGACCAAUUAAAGAUGUGGAAAAACAACAACAAUCCGAUGAUUUACAACAACCUCAACGUAGAAUGACGCCAAAACUCUAUGGCCCUAAAUAUUUGCAUGAUAAUUCCAAUGCCUAUAUAUUCUGGGGUUAUCUAUUGCUGCUAAAUGCCUGGAUUGUGAUCACAUUGGUGAUGAUGGCUGGCAUUGUUUUGCAUAAGCCACAAUUAAUGCUUAUGUGGCUUAUUUGGUGCAUAGGUGGUUUAGUUUUUGAUAUGUUCUUUUUAUUUUGGUGGCUCUACGAAUUAUUGGCCGGCGAUUCCAUUGAGGCCAUAACCAACAUUAUGAUCUCUCUACUAACCAUGGCAAUUGAAUUUGGUUUCAUCUAUGUGAUUCAUAGAAUCUAUGAGAAUUUGUCUCAGUCAACAGAAGUCGCAGCUGAUGCCAAAGUCACCACCCCAGUCUAUUCAUUUAUGAUUAUUUAAAUAUUUAUUAUUAAAAUUUUAUUUUACAAUUGU